CCUCCCGCCCGGCCCCUCGGAUGCCGCCGCGGAGCCCAUGAGGAUGGAGGCCCGGGAAGCCCGCGCCGGCCCCGGCUCCGCGUUCGAGGCCUUCCUCCUGCCCGCGCGGGCCGCCCCGCGGCUGGAGAGCAAGUUUUUACCCACCAAGAUCAGCGGUUUCACCUGCCCUGCUGGCAACGCCUCCUGUGCCCUCAAUUACAGCCCAGAAGUCCCCAGCCCUGAGAGCUACCGGGCACCGGGGGAGCCGCGAGCCUUCGGCCCCAACGCCAGCAACGGGCAGUGGAGGGGGCUGGCCCCGGCGCUGGGCUCCUCCGUGCCGCAGAAGCCGAGGGUGAGCCGAGGCUCUUACCUGGAUGCUCGCAAGAGCCCCAGUGGGACAGCCAACAGCUUCGUAGGCAAAUCAAACCACCACUGCCAUGCGUCCGCUUUCCCCAUCAAACCCGCGCAGAGCCCCUCGUGGAGCGGCCCGUGCCGCCGCAGCCUGCUCAGCCCCAAGAAAACCCCGCGGCGGUUCAUCAGCACGGCUGAGGAGACUGUGCGAGAGGAAGAGCGGGAGAUCUACAGGCAGUUGCUUCAGAUGGUCACAGGAAAACAGUUUUCCACGUCCAAGCCCUCUUCACUGUUCCCCUUCCAUCUGUCCCGGUGUUCCAAUUCCAGCAAACCUGUCGUGAAAGAAGCUCCCAGCCAGAACUCGAAGCUCUUUGAAGCUCACAGCGUUGCACCAGCCACUUCAGCACCCAGCGUCCUCAGAGCACAGGAGCAGGCGUCCCACAAACCAUCGCUCUACUCUGCCCCCAGCUACUCCUCCAGCAUCUUUGAGUCCAGUAACUCCAGAGCCCAGCAGCAGCAAGAAAACCCACCAGCAUCUAGCACGCAGUCUGAAGGGUCAGACUCUGUCAUUUUGCUCAAAGUAAAGGAUUCCAGAACCCCAGCACCGAGCCUCCCGUUCUUCCAGGCAGAACUAUGGAUCAAAGAACUGACCAGCGUCUACGACUCGCGAGCUCGGGAGAGGUGGCGGCAAAUAGAGGAGCAGAAAGCCUUGGCCUUGCAGCUGCAGAGCCAGCGGUUGCAGGAACAGGAGCACUCCGUGCAGGAUCGGGUGGAUUUGAAUCUUCGAGUCCCCUUGGAGAAGGAAAUCCCUGUCACGGUGGUCCCAGAAGAGAAGGAGGAUGCCAAGUCAGCCGAUGGUGAAGAGGAGUUCCCUGAAAUCACUGAGGAAAUGGAAAAGGAAAUCAAGAGCGUGUUCCGAGGUGGGAACCAGGACGAGGUCCUCAGUGAAGCUUUCCGGUUAACAAUCACUCGGAAAGACAUCCAGACCCUCAACAACCUGAACUGGCUCAACGAUGAGAUAAUCAAUUUCUACAUGAACCUGCUGAUGGAGAGGAGCAAGGAGAAGGGGCUGCCAGCCGUUCACGCCUUCAAUACUUUCUUCUUCACCAAGUUAAAAACAGCGGGGUACCAGGCGGUGAAGCGGUGGACUAAAAAAGUGGAUAUCUUCUCUGUGGAUCUCCUCCUGGUGCCCAUCCAUCUGGGAGUGCAUUGGUGCCUAGCAGUUGUAGACUUCAGGAAGAAAACCAUCACCUACUAUGACUCCAUGGGUGGAAUAAACAGUGAAGCCUGCAGGAUCCUGUUGCAAUACCUAAAACAGGAAAGCCUUGACAAGAAGAGGAAGGAGUUUGACACCAAUGGCUGGUCGCUGCUGAGCAAGAAGAGUCAGGAGAUCCCACAGCAGAUGAAUGGCAGUGACUGUGGGAUGUUUGCCUGCAAAUACGCCGACUGCAUUACCAAAGACAAGCCCAUCAACUUCACCCAGCAACACAUGCCGUACUUCCGCAAGCGCAUGGCCUGGGAGAUCCUCCACCGCAAGCUCCUCUGAUGCCCUCGAGCCCAAAGCCGCUUCCCCGUGAGGUUCUCUCCAAGUGCCCUGAGCAUGGACCUGCCCUUGGGGCUUCCAAGCCCCCCACGAGCAAGCUCUGCAUCCUGCCGUUGAUCAGGCGCCAUCACAGACCAACCCAAGUGUUCAGAAGCACACUUGCUUUUCCCUUUGCUCUUUUGGGUUUUGUAUUUCCAGACCUGUUUUUU